AUGAGCUACGAGAAUACAAAAUACUCUAUCUUCUUGAGUCUCUUCUUGAAGUUGUUGUUUUUGCUGAUCCUUUAUUCUGAAGAUGUCGCUGCUUCAAGCUCGUGCCAAAGUCAGUGUGGAGGUGUCAAGAUACCAUAUCCUUUUGGAAUCGGCAAGGGUUGCUACAUGGAGAAGUCCUACGAGAUCAAAUGUCUUAAUACCACCACUUCAGGAAAUCUGGCCCCUUUCCUCUCUAUAAACGACAAAGAAGUUGUGAGUAUCUCUCUUCCAGUUGAAGACGCUCGUUAUACUCCUGGAUCACCUGAUAUUUAUUCUAUAUCAUUUGGGUCAGUUCGUAUUAAGAUACUGAUAACAUCCUCCGGAUGCGGUGGAAAGGAGCCCCCAGAAUCAAUAAUGAAUUUCAAGGUCCCCAGAAUCAUUACUGGUACCCCUUUUUUCAUUGGCUACGAAAACAGCCUGGUAGCCAUUGGUAGCAAUGCCAAAGUGUCGUUGACUCAUGUAGAGCCAAACAUAGUGGGAUGCAACCUGACUAGCAAUACAAGCAACUACCAGUCUAGCAAUAGUGUUCCUUUUCUCAAAAACACGCGGUGCUUGACCAACAGUCAGAACUAUAUAUACGGGGAAUGUGCAGUAUACAAAGAAGAUGUAAAGGAAUGCAAUGGUAACGGAUGUUGCAAGGUUGGACUAAGAGAGCAUCAGCAAGCUAUUGGUAUCAGGAUCGAGAGCAACGAUUCGACAACAACAAGAGAAGAAAAGUAUAGAGUCGCCUUCUUGACAGUUGAAUCGUACACUUUUUCAAAUGCGACAAACCCACAAGAGUUAUUUGAAAAGGGGUAUGCUAGGCUUAGUCUAGGGUGGGUAAUCCAGACGAAGAAUCACUCUUUCGUGAGCUCCUUGUCCUGUGACAACAGAGACAUCUACGAAAAUACUACUGUUGCGGUUGGAUCCCAAAGGAAGUGUAUCUGCGUUAAAAGCACCAAUGCUAAGAUUAGCUAUGCACAUUGUUCCUGCAAAAGAGGUUACACAGGGAACGCAUAUGACCCUCACGGAUGCCAAGACGUUAAUGAAUGCAAAACCGAACAUAUCUCAUGUGGAGGAAUGAACACUUGUGUGAAUACUCAAGGAGGCCAUCACUGUGCGGGUGAUAAGAAAAAAGCAAUACUCAUUGGGGUGAGUUCAGGUUUUGGUGCUUUAACCCUAGUUAGUGGAGUAUGGUGGUUGAGAAAGUUUCUAAUAAAGAGAAGGAAGGAAAAGAGGAAGAAGAAGUUCUUUAAACGUAAUGGGGGACUACUCUUGCAACAAGAACUAAAUACAAGCCAAGGCAAUGUCGAAAAGACAAAAAUCUUCAGCUCUAGAGAGUUGGAGAAAGCCACUGAAAACUUCAGCCAAAGCAGAGUUCUUGGACAGGGAGGCCAAGGCACUGUGUACAAAGGUAUGCUGGUAGAUGGUAGAACCGUGGCAGUCAAGAAAUCCAAAGUCAUGGAUGAAGACCAACUCCAAGAUUUCAUCAACGAGGUGGUGAUUCUCUCACAGAUCAACCACAGACACAUAGUGAAACUCUUGGGAUGUUGUCUUGAGACAGAAGUUCCUAUUUUGGUUUACGAGUUUAUCAUCAACGGAAACCUUUUCCAGCAUAUCCAUGAAGAGUCUAAUGAUUACACUAUGAUAUGGGGAAUACGUCUACGCAUUGCUGUGGACGUUGCAGGAGCUCUCUCUUAUCUUCAUUCUUCUGCAAGCUCUCCAAUCUAUCACAGAGAUAUCAAGUCGACCAACAUAUUACUAGACGAGAAGCACCGAGCCAAGGUGGCUGAUUUCGGAACAUCUAGGUCAAUAACCAUAGAUCAAACUCAUUGGACAACAGUUGUUUCAGGAACCGUCGGUUAUGUGGAUCCAGAGUAUUACCAGUCUAGCCAGUUUACAGAUAAGAGUGAUGUUUACAGCUUUGGAGUCGUCCUAGCGGAACUUAUUACUGGAGAUAAGCCUGUUGUAACAAUACAAAACACUCGAGAAACAAUAAGCUUGGCAGAGCAUUUCAGACACGCCGUUAAAGAGAAGAGGUUUUCUGAUAUCACGGAUGCUCGAAUAAAAGAUGAUUGCAAACCGGAACAAGUAAUGGCAGUGGCAAAUCUAGCUGUGAAGUGCUUGAGCUCGAAAGGAAAUAAACGUCCAAAUAUGAGAGAAGUUUUUACCGAGCUAGAGAGAAUUUCCGCAUCUCUAGAGGAUUCACAUGUGCAGGUUAUGAUUGAUGAAGCUGAAGAAGACGAGGAAGAAGAGGUUAGGAUUAUGAUAAACAGAGGCGAUUCUUUGAGCGUUGGUCUGACUGCUCCAGCCUUCAGUAUUGUGGCUUCGCCUUCUUCUUCAGAUGCUGAAUCAUUGUUUCCUCGUCCCACAUGGUGA